AUGGAUGAAAUCAGAUCCUGGUUAUCGCCGACUGGGUUCGAUUCAGAAGGCAGUGAAUAUCGCAAGCAUCUUAAUGCCCGAGUCCCAACUACCGGGGAUUGGUUGUUCCGGGCUGAACAGUACAGGAACUGGUAUACCUCCACCGAUAAUGGCAUUUUGUGGAUUAAAGGUAUUCCAGGCAGUGGCAAAUCGGUGAUCGCCGCGAAUAUCAUCCGAACACUAGCCCAGGACAGCAAUGCCCCGGUGCUGUUCUUCUUCUGUCGACGAAUUCUUGUGUCAAAUGGUGACCCUCAGCAAAUAGCACGGGACUUCUUGUGUCAGGUCUUGAACUACGGUGAGGAUUUUCCUUCGGUGGUCACUCAAGUCAAAGAUAAAUACAAGAACGUUACGGAUGCUCCGUUCCGGGAGCUUUGGAAAAUACUCACGGCUUUGCUGCCUACGUUACCGAAAGUGUAUUUGGUGAUCGAUGCAUUGGAUGAGAUUGCCGUUGAUCAGGACAUGUUCAUCGAUAACCUCAUCCUACUUGGACAGAGAAAACCGCCAUCGAUCAAAGUCGUCAUCACUAGUCGCCAUCCUCCCCCCGAAAAGCGGCGCAAGGACCUCUCUAUUCUGGAUCUUCAGCUCGCGCGGCGAACGGUCCAAAAAGACAUCCAAACAUAUAUCACCCAUCGAUUGGAUACUCAACAACAGAGACUCCUAACCAGUGAGGACCGAUCUCUUGUUGAAGAGGUAUUGGGAAGAAAACGGCAGGCUCUUUUUCUUUACGCUCGCCUAAUGCUCGACGAGUUGUUACAAAAAGAAGGUGCCAUUGUCUCGCAAUUGGAGCAGCCUCCGGACUCUCUUGCGGAUAUCUAUGCAAGCAUGCUCCAUGAUUACUCGGUUCGAUCUGGGGCUUCGAUCGAAUUUCAGACUUCCCUCUUAACUUGGGUCACGCAUUCCUCGCGAGCCCUUAGAUUAACAGAAUUGGCUACCAUUCUCCAUCUCGAUCGCAGCCGUUGGGGUCUAGGGGCUCUGCACUAG